AUGUCUGAUCGAUCAAGUCCCGUGAACGGCGGUUACGAGGCCGCAAGGCUCACCGUCCGCAAGGACCUCUUUCCAGAGGUUCGACUGUCUAAGCUGGCGCCAGGCUCUUCUAGUGCGGAGUCUGACGCGGAAGACGUCGAGUCAGUCUCCUGCGUCAAGCUAGAGACUGAUUUCGAACAGAGCAUAGAUGAAAUCGCCAUCCAGAAACGGCAAGUGGCGAAUGGAGCACUACCGUGCCCUACGCGCCCGCGCCACAGGAAACACAAGCACCACUCCCGGCAGAGCUCCAAAUCUUCAACCGUGAAUGGUUGUCUUCCUCCAGAGAGUAAAAGGAGAAAAGACUCAUCAAAAGAUUCAUCAUAUAGAAAACAUUCAAAAAAUAGUGUUGUGUCACAAGUGAAAGGUGGUAAAAACUUGAAUUUAGUGAGUAGUAGUGAGUGCCAGGAUGAAGAUGAAGAUAAUGAGGAUGUGGAAGAGGAUGAGGAGGAGGAAGCCGAAGAAGAGGAUGAGGCUGAAGACAGUGAAAGUUCUGAUGAUGAACAGCUCAAGCUCAACACAAAGUUACCGUUAACUAAUAUACCACGACAAAGUGGUAAACCAUACAGUCAUGAACUUAGUCAAUUAUCAACAAAAAAGAGUAAAAGGGACUCUAAAGAGCAAAGGACACAUGCUAUUAUACCAUGUAGUGGUAAACCGCGUUCAAUGUUGGACAUUCGCAGUUCACGUAGUAAAAAGAAAUCAAAGAAGUCUGAGUGUACAACCACAUAUCGCAGCCAGAUAAUGGGUACUAACUCUAUAAAGAUAAAGAUUAGGAGGACAAGUGUUCAUGAAACAGUUACACCAACACCGACUUCGGUUUCCGAUAUUGGGCUGCGGAAGUCCAAGAAGAAGCGUGCGGCAUCGCCCGCAAGCGUGAGUUCUGGCGAGGAGUACGACCCGUCGCGUGGCGAAACGGCAACGGUCAGGAACCUUGCUGGGCCGAAGCCACGCCACUCGCGGUCCAAAACGCCUAAGCCUAAGAAAUCUAACAGUUCUAAAAAGAAAAGUGAAAAGACUGACAGAACUAGAAUUAGUGGAGCUGAAAGUAAAGAGACUGGACCACAAAGUCCCUGGGGACGAAUAAUGCCUAAAGAGAUUCUAUUAAAGAUUUUUGAAUAUGUGGUGGCCUCUCAGGGCUCGUUGCCGUCUGUGAUCAGAAUUGGUAGAGUGUGUAGGUUAUGGCACAGUGUAAGUUGUAGGCCAGAGUUGUGGAAGAAUGUAGACCUUGCACAAUAUACAAGUGAGAAAUGUAAAACGGAUUACAAACUCGUGUGGCUCCUGGAAAACCGGUUGGCACAGUGUCAAAUUUUAAAUAUUGCUCAAUGGAAAGUAAGUAACGUAUCAUGGGUGCUGGCGUGCGUGGCGGACUACUGCCCGCAGCUCGUGGAGCUGAGCGUGGCCGGCUGGAGCCGCAUCACUUCCGAACAACUCUUCGACCUCAUGCAGGCCUUGCCGAAGCUGGAGAGAAUUGACUUGUCUUUAACGUCUGAAACUGGUGGUUCGAGUACAUGUCUAUCAGCUGCUUCUAUGUCUCGCAUCACGGAGAACUUCGGGGCUCGGCUCACUCAUCUGACGCUCGCUAACAACAAAUUUAUAGCUAUGCCGCAGAUACUUCAGUCAAUAGCGACUUACUGUGGCAACUUGGAAGUCCUAGAUAUAUCGGGCACCCUGGCGGCCUCGCACCCCGCCACUGUCCCGCUCGAGGCGCUGCAGAAGGGCUGCCCUAAGAUGCGCGUCUUCAGAGCCGCUAACUCACAACUGGUUCUCGCUAAUGCGACUACCUCGCAGCAGAUGGAGUGCCAGGGCUGGUCGCAGCUGGAGGAGCUGUCGAUAGCGGGCGAGGCGGCGACGGAGCGCGUGGGCGUGUACGAGUACCGGCUGGGCGACGAGGCGCUGGCGCGGCUGGUGCGCGGCGCCACGCGGCUGCGCCUGCUGGACCUGCGCGGCCUGCAGCGCGUCAGCGACUCGGGGCUCGUGCGCGUGCCCGCCUGGGACCUGCAGCAUCUCUUCCUCGGCGGGUGUAACGUGACACGUCAGCGCAGUGCUUGCCUAGAGCUGAUAUGUGAAAAGUGGUCGCAUAGUCUGAUAGAACUUGAUCUCUCUUGGGCCUCUGCUGCUAGAGUGCUGGAUGAUGCUGUUUCCGCACUCGCUGACUCUUCAGACAGCAAGCUAAAAAUACUCAACCUAUGUGGCUCGUCAGUGUCCUUAGAACCAGUAAGGAAAGUUCUUCUAAAAUGUAAGUGUAUUGAAUCUAUAAACCUUAGCUCAUGUCGGGCUCUGCCCAGAGGUAUGAAACGCCUAUACACGGGCAAGGAACUCCAAGCCCUCAAAGAUAGUUUUGAUCCAGAAAAGGUAAAAGCCAAAGAAAGUGAGAAGGAGGAAAAUGAAAAGUCGAAAAAGGGAUCGAAAAAAUCCACUGCGGAUUCUAAAUCAGUGACCGUGAAACAAGAACCAGAUACGCCUGACAAAUCUGACACCAAAUCAGAAACGACAUCCACUAAAGAUACUUCACCAUCUGUGUUUCAAGAACCGAAAAGCUUCUCUGAGUCUUCUUCAAGUGUGCCUGACAAACAAUCUGCUAAACGAACGCCAGUCAGGUCCUCGCCAGACAGUAAAACGCAUGAGCCGAAAACUGGUAAAGAAGGAAUGGAAACCAUGGUAACAGUACCCGAGGGUAAAAGGUCGACCAGGGACACCACUCCAAAGUUACUAUUAAGCCCUGCUACACAAUCAAGGCCCGAUUCCUCUUCCACACCCAGAUCAGACCCUAUCAAAGAUCUUGGUAGUCCCCACUUUAGUCCAGUCGCCAAGCCGGAUAGUCAAGUACAAAACAGUCCAGAGGUCCAAUCAGAGUUACUAAAUCAAAGUCAAAAAAGUAACUCGUGGAAUCUAGGACAAUUUAAAACUACCCCAACGCAUAAGUCUGAAGCCAGUCCUUUAAGUAGGUUAGAGAGUCAUACUAAAUUAAAACAUGGAAAAGUUAUAGAACAAUGUAGUCCGACAACUUCACAUGAUAAUAAACCUAGUCCUGAAACACAUAGUAUCAAACAAGACAACAUCAAAAACCCUAACAGUUGGAAUUAUGGUAAUUAUAGUCCUAUGCCCCGCCAAGAUAGCCAAUUCUCGUCUCAAAGAAGCCCGUAUUCGGCUCAGCCGAGCCCCGCUCAACCUAGCCCUUAUUCGACGCAACCUAGUCCAUAUUCAACACAACCAAGUCCUUACUCCUCGCAGCCUAGUCCCUACUCGGCACAACCGAGUCCAGAUACAAGUCAAAUAGUGAAGCCAGAAUUACAAAAAUCCAAUGCUUGGAAUACGGGUAGCUACAGCCCCAUGCCCAAACACCAUCCACCAUUCUCACCACAUCCAUCCACGCAUGCAAGCCCGGAUGCUGGAGUUGGCAUGAAAAGCACAGACAGUCUUAGAAAUAAUCCUAAUAAAACUCCUGGGCAAUACAGUCCUAUGUCAAGGCAAGAUCGAAUGCACCAUAGCCCGUAUUCACCCAGGCCUAGUGUAGAUGUGUCUUAUAGUAACAAGAAAAGCCCUGGUGUCGGCAACUACAGCCCCAUGGUGCGUUCAGAUUGCCAUCUGCCUAGCCCAGACAGAGGUUCAACGACAAGACCCUCAUUGGGUGGAAGACAGCAAGACAUAUAUGGCAGAACUGUAAAUAAAGCUCCUGAAAUGAUGCACAAUAGUGCACCACAACCUGAAAUUCCUACUUCUUGGGGAAUAGAUAGGUUUAAUCAGAUUAACAGCGCUACAGCGGCGAGUAUCGAAUCAUUGGUGUGGGGAACUUCAUCGUUCAACACGGAGCCAGCUCCGAUGCCACCACGAGUCGACAACAUUCCUACGAUGCUCAACACACCCUCGCCACAAACGUGGCCCGGUCUGCCCGCGUUCGACAGUAGUGUUCAAAGAUCUAAUGACGAUUUAAGUGAUCCGUGGACAUUUGGACAAUUCCGUGAGCAGCAUGUGCACAACACGUUUGGCGAUCAGAACAGUUUCGAUUUGAGUUCCCAUUUAACGCAUCAGUCCCAUUCGUUGCAAAGUUAUUUGGAUGACGGUUUUACAGAAACUUCCCGCGUAGACUGACGUUCUCGCCCGCCUUAGGUUUUGUAAAUCUCGAAUGAAACUGAAUGUUGUUAUGGACAGAAAUAUUAUAUAAAGAUACUCUCUUCGGAGGGAUAUAGGGUGAUGUUGUAUUUAAUAAUGAUUGAACAAUUAUAUUAUAGACAUUGUAAAUAAGAUUAUCUAGGUAGAUUCUAAGAGUAAUGAAGCUAGGAGUGCAUUAAUGUUAUUUUGCAGCCAAUAGUUUAUGAAAUGCUAUAAGAUAUAAGAAAAUUAUAAUUAUUAAGGAUAGUGAAAUUCAUCCAUCGAGUUAAAUAUUGUUUGUUUAUUAUACUCAUGAGUUAGGUUUAAAAUGAGUUUAUUUGAAUGCCAAAAUAUA